GUCCCCGGAAUCGAGGACAAUGGGGCGCUCGUGGGCGAGGUCUGCGUUUCUGACAGCCUUUGUGACGAGGUGUGGGACAGCGUUCAGAGAGGCCAGCGUGAGCAAAGGCUUGGAGAUGCGACUGAGCCGGGAGUAUUCAGGAGAUCUGGAGUGGUCCUCACGUUUGCAGGGCCCUGUGAUCUUUGAGGAUGUGUUCGUGUACUUCUCCCAGGAGGAGUGGGGGCUCCUUGAUGAGGCUCAGAGACUGCUGUACCGCAAUGUGAUGCUGGAGAACUUUGCACUUAUAGCCUCGCUGGGAAUUGCAUCUUCCAGAUUACACAAAGUCACCCAACUAGAGCAAGGGGAAGAGCCCUGGAUGCCUGACCAGGUGGAUAUGAUUCCAGCCCCAGCAAGAACGGCCCAGAGAGGACCUGGUCCUGGCUGUUGGCAUGGAGUGGAGGAGGAGGAGACACCUUCUGAGCAAAGUGUCUCUGUAGAAGGAGUGUCACAGAUCAGGACUCCCAUGGCAGGUCCAUGCACCCAGAAGACCCACCACUGUGACAUAUGUGGUUCAAUAUUGAAAGACAUUUUGCACCCGGCUGAACACCAGGGAAGCAAAGCCAGGCAGAAACUGUAUAUGUGUUGGGCGUGUGAGAAGCAAUUCUGGUUCAGUGCAAACCUUUCCCAGCACCAGAAGCAGCACAGUGGAGAGAAAUUCAUCAAAAGGGAUGAGUGCAGGGACCCUGGGAAGAGCUGCAGAGUCUACAUGCCAGAGGAGACCUACACAUACAGGGAGGGUGGGAAGGACUUCCCAACCACCACUGGGCUUCUUCAGCCCGAGGUCCCUCACAGCGGGGUGAAGCCCCACAAGAACACCCAGUGUGGGGGUACCUUUUGCACUGGGCAAAGGCAUUGCAAGUGCAGCAAAUGCAGGAAAGCCUUUAGCCCCAAAGAUUCACUUGUUCAGCACCAGAGAAUCCACACCCUAGAUAGGUCUUAUGAGUGUAGUGAAUGUGGGAAUUUCUUUAGCUGCAACUCCAAUCUUGUCCGGCACCAGAAAGUCCAUACAGGAGCCAGGCCUUAUAUAUGCAGCAAAUGUGGAAAAGCCUUCAACUGCAAAGACACACUUGUUCGACACCAGAGAAUCCACACUGGAGAAAGGCCCUAUGAGUGUAGCGAAUGUGGGAAACUCUUUAGCCAAAGCUCUGACCUUUUUAAACACCAGACAGUUCACACUGGUGAAAGGCCUUAUGAAUGCAGUGAAUGUGGAAAAUUCUUUAGACAAAUCUCAGGCCUUACCGAACACAGGCGAGUUCACACAGGUGAAAGGCUCUAUCAGUGUGGUGAAUGUGCGAAAUUCUUCAGUAGCAAGUCUAACCUCAUUCGACACCAGGAAGUUCACACAGGAGCAAGGCCCUAUGUCUGCAACGAAUGUGGGAAAGAGUUCAACCGCAAACACACACUUAUUCUGCACAAGAGAAUUCACACUGGAGAAAAGCCUUAUGUGUGCAGUGAAUGCGGGAAAGCCUUUAGCCAAAGCUCCCACCUUAUUGUACACUGGAGAACUCAUAGCAGUGACUAUGAGUGCAGCAAAUGUGAGAAAGCCUUUAGCUGCACCUCCAAACUCAUUCAGCACCAGAAAGUCCACACUGGAGAAAAGCCUUAUGAGUGCAACAAAUGUGGGAAAGCCUUUACCCAAAGGCCAAACCUUAUACGACACUGGAAAGUUCACACUGGAGAAAGGCCUUAUAUAUGCAGCGAAUGUGGGAAAGAGUUCAAUCGCAAACACACACUUGUUCUGCACCAGAAAAUUCACACUGGAGACAAGACUUCAGUGCAGCAAAUGUGGAAAAUCAUUUCACCAAAGCAACCAUCUGGAGAAAGGGCUUAGCAGUGCUGUCUCCUUGUUCAACCUAACAACUCACCCAACUCAGAGUGAAGCUCUGAGAGGUGUUUUCUUUGGGGUGGAGGGAAUUAGUCAGUAGUGGAACCUUACACAUGAACAUCCACACUGGGGAGAU